AUGAAAUCCGCUCUGACUUGGGAAAUCAUAGCCAAAUGCUCGACCUCAAAAGCUCGAGUGGGAAAAUUAAUAUUACCUCAUGGACCUGUUGAUACACCAGUAUUUAUGCCAGUUGGAACUCAAGGAACAUUAAAAGGCAUAACACCAAAACAACUAGAAGAAUUAGGCUGUCAAAUAAUGUUAAAUAAUACAUAUCAUUUGGGUUUAAAACCUAGUCAAGAAUUACUUGAACAAAUUGGUGGUUCGCAUAAUUUUCAGAAUUGGAAUCGGAAUUUGUUAACAGAUAGUGGAGGGUUUCAAAUGGUUUCUUUGCUAAAAUUGGCAAAGAUAACAGAACAAGGGGUGGAAUUCCAAUCACCACAUGAUAAUGAAUCAACAAUGUUACUCACUCCAGAGCAUUCUAUAUCUUUGCAAAAUUCUAUCGGUGCUGAUAUUAUAAUGCAAUUAGAUGAUGUAGUAUCAUCAGUAACAACCGGCCCAAGGGUUGAAGAAGCAAUGGAUAGGUCAAUAAGAUGGUUAGAUAGAUGUAUAAGUGCUCAUAAAAAACCAGACAGCCAAAAUUUAUUUGCUAUUAUACAAGGUGGAUUGGAUAUGGAUUUACGAAAGAAAUGUGUCGAAGAAAUGGUAUUACGUGAUACGCCUGGAUAUGCGAUAGGUGGUUUGAGUGGUGGUGAAGAAAAAGAUAUUUUUUGGAGAGUAGUAACGCUAUGUACCGAUUUAUUACCAAAGAACAAACCUAUAUAUUGUAUGGGUAUUGGCUAUACCGAGGACCUUGUUGUUUGUUCUGCAUUAGGUGUUGAUAUGUACGAUUGUGUUUUCCCAACGCGUACAGCGAGAUUCGGCAAUGCACUAACAUCCAAAGGUUCAUUAAACCUAAAAUCAGUCAAAUUUUCCAAAGAUUUUCAGCCUAUCGAAAAAGAUUGUGAUUGUGUUGCUUGUAAAUCGUAUACUCGGUCAUAUAUUCAUUUGCAAACAACAAAAGAAACUGUCGGUUGUCAUUUGAUCUCGCUUCAUAAUGUUGCAUAUCAACUAAGAUUAAUGAGAAAUAUUAGGCAGGCUAUUAUAGAAGAUAGGUUUCCAUCGUUUGUAAAGCAAACCUUUAAGGAUUUUUUUGGUAGUGAAGAAAAAUAUCCCGUAUGGGCUAUUAACGCUUUAAAAAGUGUUAAUAUCGAUUUGUUAUCUUAG